GUUGAACAGAAGACCAAUUUAAUAUUCAAAACAUUUCGGCAUCUGUAGCGUCAUUGCGUCAUAGCGUCUGGUUGCGCCCUUGACUUUGAAGAUAAAUUAAACAAAUUAUCAAUUCUUUAUUCCAUUAUCUAGGAUUUUUAUAUCGAAAAGCAGUCUUGCGACAUCCAAUCUGCCAAUCGCCUUUCUCGGGCCCAUCCCCAUACAUCCCAUCUCGGUUUCCAUAACUAUUCCCAUCCCAUCUCCAUCCCACCCCACACCCUCCGCGCCGCGCCCGAGAAAGGCCGCCAUCAUGUGUGAUCUCGACAGGGCGAUCGCCCAACUGCGAGCAUGCCGACCGAUACCCGAGGCCGAAGUGCGCGAGCUCUGCCACAAGGCGCGUGAGCUGCUUAUCGAGGAGGGGAACGUCGUCACGGUCAACGCGCCAGUAACAAUAUGCGGCGACAUCCACGGCCAGUUUCACGAUCUGAUGGAGUUGUUCCGCGUGGGCGGUGAUGUGCCAGACACGAACUAUCUCUUCAUGGGCGACUUCGUCGACCGCGGCUUCUACUCCCUCGAGACCUUCCUCCUCCUUCUCUGCCUCAAAGUCCGCUACCCCGACCGCAUGACCCUCAUCCGCGGCAACCACGAGUCCCGCCAGAUCACGACCGUCUACGGCUUCUACGACGAGUGCCUCCGCAAAUACGGCAGCGCCAACGUCUGGCGCUACUGCUGCGACGUCUUCGACUACCUCGCCCUGGGCGCCAUCGUGCUCGGCGCCUCCAACACCCUCCCGGGCGAACCCGAGACCUCCCCCAACGGCGACGAGGUCGAGAUCGAAGUGCACAACUCAGACGGCCAGAUCAUCUCCCGCUUCUUGCGCCAAAAAGACGUCGGCCGAGGGCGCAUCAACACCACCACCACCACCACCAUCUCCAACGGCCCCAACGGCCACGCCAUGACCAACGGCAUCUCCUCCUCCUCCCCAGACACCACCACAACCCACAACAACAAAACCCCCUCCCCAGCCCGCGCCCUGACCGGCCCCCCCGGCUCCUCCGCAACAUCCACCAGCAGCGGCAGCCUGGGCAACCCGGCCGGCGCGGUCCUCUGCGUCCACGGCGGCCUCUCCCCGCUGAUCGACCGAGUCGACAAGAUCCGCCUCCUCGACCGCAAGCAAGAAGUCCCCCACGAGGGAGCCAUGUGCGACCUGUUAUGGUCCGACCCGGACGAGAUCGACGGGUGGGGCUUGUCCCCCCGAGGCGCGGGCUUCCUCUUCGGCGCCGACAUCGUCAAGAUGUUCAACUACCGCAACGACCUCAGCCUGAUCGCGCGCGCCCACCAGCUGGUCAUGGAGGGGUUCAAGGAGAUGUUCGACGCGAGUAUUGUGACGGUGUGGUCGGCGCCGAAUUAUUGCUAUCGCUGUGGGAACGUGGCUGCGCUGCUGGAGUUGUCGGAGGAUGAGAGUGGGUUGGGGGUUUUGGCGAGGAGUAAUGGGGAGGUGGGGAGGAGUGAUGGCGGGAUGGGUGGUGGUGGUGGUGGUGGUGGUGGUCUUGGUGGUGGUGGUUCGGGUGUUGGAGGUGGUGGUGGUGGGGGGGUUGGGGGCGGGUUCAUGCGGGGAGCGGGCCGGGGCGGUGGCGGUGGUGGGCAGCAGCAACAACAGCAGGGCGGGGUGGUGAUGGAUACCAACGACUUGCCGCGGCUGCCGGGGCCCGCGAGGAGGUACCGCGUCUUCCAGGCGGCGCCGCAGGACUCGAGGGGGAUGCCGGCUAAGAAACCGGUGGCCGAUUACUUCUUGUGAGAUGGGUGCCUGUCGGGCGUGGUUGCUGUUGUGUAUGCCCGCUUGUGAUGAUGACGACUAGAGAGAGAGAGUGAAAGUAUGCGGUUACUAGGUCCGUGGUGGGACCCGGACGGGCAAUGACUGGAGCCUUUGUUGUUGUAUUAUAUCAGGAGCUAUUCGGUACAUAGGUUUAUACCCGCGCAGUGGAUUGCGUUUCUAAACC